GCAUCACCAUUCUGCACUUCAAAAGUUUACAAGCAAAUCUGCUGCCUUUCAACUGACAAUUCUAAAACUAAUUGCAGAAACUUCCACGAGGACCAUUCAAACUAAUAAUUUAGCAAGUAAAUAGUUAAAAAACAGCACAAAAUGCCAGCUGACACUACAACCAAGCAAGUUCAGGAUUACAAAGAUUCGCUAAUCAAGAAAGCGGAGCAUCUUAUUAUACAGGGCUUUCCAGAAAAAAUUGUUGAAUUGAAUGAGCUCCUCGCAACGCCUAUGUUUAGUGACCGCAACUUCAAUGAAGUGCAUCAAGACCUUAACAUUCCAACGCCAGAUCCCAUUUUGGUGAACAAUCAUGCCGAGUCAGCCGAUGACGGUGGUGACGCCGACCAGCCGGCGGCAAAACGACCACGCGUCGAUCACUUUGUGCCUGGCACCAAAGUAAUGUGCUUGCCUACAGGUUCGGUACCAUGCAAUGCGCCACUCUGCGAGAUGAUUAAAAUCGUAAAACCGAUUAUACGUAAACUUGUGGAAGAUUCAAAUUUGUUAAAAAUGUGGAUUUCGUUUUUAAUACCUAAAAUCGAGGAUGGCAACAAUUUCGGUGUAUCUGUGCAGGAAGAUACACUCGCUGAAAUACAAGCUGUUGAAUCGGAAGCAGCGGCAUUUUUCGACCAAAUUUCACGUUAUUUCUUAUCGCGCGCCAAAGUAGUUUCGAAAGUCGCCAAAUACCCACACAUCGAGGAUUAUCGACGUGCAGUGGUGGAGUUGGAUGAGAAGGAAUACCUAAGCUUGUGGUUGGUUGUAUGUGAAGUGCGAAAUCGUUAUUCAUCUUUACAUGAUAUCGUUAUCAAAAAUUUGGAAAAACUGAAGAAACCACGUUCAUCAAAUGCCGAUAGCUUAUAUUAAAAAAUAAACAACAAAAAAAAACAAAACAACAACACGUAUUCGUAUUAAAAGUAAACACAUAAAAGAAAAAAAAUUAAGCAUGGAGGCAUGCGUCAUAGUGAAAUCGUUAAGUGCAGAAUUGAAGUGGUGUCAUAGUGCUGCAUUUAAUAAGAUUUGACUUUAUACAACAGCAAAAUUUUGGGUGCAAUCGCGUUAAUUGCAAGGCAUGCAUGCGCAAUGACAUUGCUUCAGUUAUCUGGUGAAACGUAACAACAACAAACCGCUCUCAAACACUUUAUAAUCAAAUGCUUGAAUUUAGUCAUGUAAAAAUGUGAAUUUGCGACGUUAAAAUAUUGGUUAGUUCCACAUAUUUUGAUUGUAAUGGUUAAUUUCUUAUUUCUCUCAAUCCAAACAUUUUUUGCAUUACUCAAGGUAUAUAAAUAUGUAUGCAUAAAACUUACGUAAGAAAAAAACAAAACAAAACACGAGUAAAUAAAAAAAAGCCGAAUUUUACAAAAUUGGUAUUGUUAUUCAGAAAA